ACACAAAGAAAGAAAUAAUCAACCCUCAAGUCAACCGUCAACCCAUAAACCAUGCAGCGUCCAUUCUACGGAGUACAAAAAACCAAACAACCACCAACUAAAAAAAAAAAAAAACACCACCAUCAUUAAUUCUCCCAAAAAUUCUAUUCAGAUCUUAUAAAUCACAAAAACCCCUUAAAACUUCACACAAUAAUGGCACCCAUAAACCUUCCACCACCAAUCUUAUUCUAUUUCUGUUUAUGUUUCUGUUUCAUCUGUUUACAACACGACGUCGUAUCAUCCGACAUCGCCGCCGACAGAGCCGCCCUGUUACGACUCAGUUCCGCCGUCGCCGGAAACACACGCCAGUGGAAUGUUUCCGAUCCAUCACCGUGCAACUGGACCGGAGUCACCUGCAACAACGUCACCAACCGUGUCACGGAGCUCCGACUCCCCGGCGACGGACUCGCCGGAGAAAUUCCGGUGAACACCAUCGGAAACUUAACCGCACUUCAGAUACUCAGUCUCCGUAAAAACCGACUCUCCGGUUCAAUUCCGGCAGACAUCGAUUCAUGCUCUGAUCUCCGGCAACUAAAUUUACAAAACAAUCAGUUUUCCGGCGCGUUACCGGCGGCUCUGUUUCGGUUGUCUAAUAUAAACAAUUUAGACAUCUCCGUCAACGGUUUUUCCGGGGAAAUCUCACCGGAUUUUAGUAAUUUAACAAGUUUGACACAUCUUUUCUUGGAAAACAACCAGUUCACCGGUCAACUUCCUGAAUUAAACAAUUCUUUCACUCAGUUUAAUGUUUCUAUGAACCGAUUAAACGGAACAAUCCCGGAAAGUUUAUCCAGUUUUCCGGCAGCUUCAUUCUCCGGCAACAGUUUAUGUGGGUCCCCUUUAAAUCCUUGUGAAAAUGGAAGUAGUAAACUUUCCGGCGGAGCGAUCGCCGGAAUAGUAGUCGGGUCGGUUAUCGGGUCGGUUUUGAUAGUGGGAAUCAUCUUUUUCCUAUGUAGAAAGUAUAUGAAUUCAAAAAACUCGAGACAAGCGGUUCAAGACGCGGCGACGCCUAUUCCGGCUUCACCGGAGAAGCCGCCGGAGUUGAAUUUCCGGAGUCCGGAUCAUAUUAUGGCUAGUGAGAAUACCGGGUCGGAAGAAGGGCAUUCGGGUCACCCGGAUAGUAAUGAGGAGUUGUCAUUUUUUAGGGAAGGGGGGUUCUUGUUGGAUGAUUUGUUAAGGGCAUCAGCUGAGGUUUUAGGUAAGGGGAUUGUGGGGACAACUUAUAAGGCUUAUUUGGAUCAUGGUGGUGAGGUGAUAGUUAAGAGGCUUAAGAAUGUGUGUGUUUCUAAAAGGGAGUUUACUAAGAGGAUUGUGAGUAUUGGUGAGUUGGAUCAUGACAAUUUGUUGCCUAUUAAAGGGUAUUAUUAUGGGAAAGAAGAAAAGCUUAUUGUUUUUGACUUCAUUCCUAUGGGGAGCUUGUCUUCAAUCUUGCAUGGAAAUAUGGAGGAAAGAUCACAAUUGACAUGGGAGAUUAGGAGUAAAAUUGCAUUUGAAGUAGCUUGUGGGCUUGAACAUCUUCAUUCACACAAUCUUUCUCAUGGUAAUAUCAAAUCAAACAACAUUCUUCUUAGCCUUGGGUAUCAAGCAUACUUAUCGGAAUCCGGAUUGAUCCAAGUUGUGUCAUCUUCGACUCCAAGCUUAUCCGGAUACCGCGCUCCUGAGUUGAUUGACACGCGUAUAACAUCUAAAGAGGCGGAUGUGUAUAGUUUUGGGAUACUGAUCCUUGAAAUUUUGACGGGUAAGGAUCCUACGGUUUUGUUGAAUGAGGAAGGGAUUGAUCUUCCUACGUGGGUUCAGUCAGUCGAAGAAUCUAGGUGGAAGAACGAUGUGUUUGAUAUGCAUAUGGUAAUGACUAAUGACAACUCGGAUAAGAUUACUAGAUUGUUGCAUCUUGGCAUUCGUUGUGCUUCUCAGGUUCCUCGUAGACGAGCUUCUAUGGCGGAAGUGGCCAAACAAAUCAAGAAAGUAUGCAAGUUUUGAAGUGCUUGUUUAGUUUUUCGAAAUUUUAUGUUUGGUUAAGGUUUGGAUCUCGAUGUAUAUUUGUUGAAGAUUGAUUGAUGUAAAAAGAAAAUUUUUUUGAUCCAAUAUAAUUUGCAUUUUAUUA